AUGGGAGAUGUUAACAGAGAGAAUCAGUUCCAAAUUUCAAUGAGCGCACCACCUGUUGAUGAACUCACUGUAUCUGAGGCGGCGGGAGAUGACGUGAAAAAGACAUCUAGAGACCAGAGAAAAGCACUGCCUGGGGAACCUAUAUGUGUUGUUUGUGGCCGCUAUGGUGAGUAUAUAUGUGAUCAGACUGAUUCUGAUAUUUGCAGCUUGGAAUGCAAACAAACUCUGUUAGGCAGGGCUGCCGACACCCACCUCCCAGUUGGUCUCCCACCUCCUAAACGAGUAGCUGCAACUGAUGAGUGCUUUUAUGUUAGAGAUUCAGAAUCUUCAUCUUUAACUGGUGAUCAAACGGAAUUGUUGAGGAGAAAACUUGAAAUCCAUGUGAAGGGAGACUCAGUUACAGAUCCCAUUUUGUCGUUCUCUUCUUGUAAUCUUCCUGAGAAACUCCUGCAUAACAUACAGACUUUAGGAUAUGACAUGCCGACCCCAAUACAGAUGCAAGGAAUCCCGGCUGCUUUGACUGGCAAAAGUCUACUUGCUUCUGCUGACACUGGCUCGGGGAAAACUGCUUCCUUUCUGGUUCCUGUUGUUUCUCGUUGUGCAAUGUUUCGGCUUGAUAACUUAUCUACAAAUAAAAAGCCACUAGCGAUGGUUUUAACUCCAACUAGAGAGCUUUGUAUACAGGUUGAGGAUCAAGCUAAGUUGCUAGGAAAGGGUUUGCCUUUUAAAACUGCUCUUGUGGUUGGCGGUGAUGCCAUGGCUAAACAACUCUACCGCAUUCAGCAGGGUGUGGAACUGAUUGUGGGAACUCCUGGCAGGCUUAUUGAUCUUUUAACAAAGCACGAUAUUGAACUAGAUGACAUAAUGAUGUUGGUCCUGGAUGAGGUGGACUGCAUGCUUCAAAGGGGCUUUCGAGAUCAAGUUAUGCAGAUUUUCAGGGCUCUCUCACAACCCCAGGUCUUGAUGUAUUCAGCUACAAUAUCACAAGAGGUAGAGAAGAUGGCAAGUUCUAUGGCAAAAGAUGUUAUAUUUGUUUCCAUUGGCCAGCCUAACAGACCGAGUAAGGCUGUGAAGCAGCUGGCUAUCUGGGUGGAGUCAAAGCAAAAGAAGCAAAAGCUUUUUGACAUAUUGAUGAGCAAGCAGCAUUUUCUACCACCAGCAAUUGUAUAUGUGGGUUCCAGACUGGGGGCAGAUCUCCUAUCUAAUGCAAUCACAUUCACAACUGGAUUGAAGGCUCUAUCAAUUCAUGGGGACAAGUCUAUGAAGGAGAGACGAGAGGUAAUGAAGUCAUUUUUGGUUGGCGAGGUUCCUCUGGUUGUGGCUACUGGGGUUUUGGGUCGGGGAGUUGAUCUCUUUGGCGUGAGACAGGUAAUAGUGUUUGACAUGCCCAAUUCCAUUAAGGAGUACGUCCAUCAGAUUGGGAGGGCAUCACGAAUGGGAGAGGAUGGUACAGCAAUUGUGUUUGUUAACGAGGAGAACAAGAAUUUAUUUCCAGAUAUGAUUGAAGUUUUAAAAUCUUCUGGAGCUGUGAUUCCUCGUGAGCUUGUUAAUUCAAGGUAUGCUAUGCGUUCUUUUCCCACAGGCAAGGGCCAGAGAAAGCGAAAGUAUGGUUCCUGA